AAAAACAGAAGCAAACCGAAAAUUCUUCUAUUAGGACCAGAGAACUCCAAACCUGCCGGAUCCUCACCGCCGGGACACUGCCAGGUCAUGUCGGUGAAAUAUGACGACUUGCAGGGACUCCACGAGGACGGGACCCCCAGAGAUGGAGCCGCGGCACACAGCUGGAUCCCACAAGGACUCCUCGUAAAGAAAUGGAUCCCUCAUCCUCUCUCCGGACUGAACUGCUCCCCACUGACUCUCUUACUUGGAUUCCUCCUCACCGUCUUCUUCCUCACCAUCAUCAUCACACAGGCCAAAGUGACGGCCGACGUGACGGAGGUGAAGGCCUCCAUGGACCGGAUCGUAUCCGAUGAAGUAUCAGAUUCUCUGUCCAACGGCAUUCAGAAGAUUUUGGGAAUUUUGUUCUCAGAGAUGGAGAGCAGAGGAAACAGGUCACAAGAAGAUGCCCCGCUGUGUGGGACUGGAUGGGAGGAGAAGAACGGGACUUGUUAUUACACAUCCUGGAUGCCCCAGCCCUGGAAGUUUGCCAUGAAGGACUGUGAACACCGGAAGGGUCACCUGGUGGUCAUCACCAGUGAGGAGAAGAUGAAGUUCCUGAGUUCUCUGGCGUACUCGGCGGCCGUGUGGAUCGGUCUUUCUUCAGAGAAGGGGUCCUGGAAAUGGGUGGACGGAUCUUCAUAUGAAGAGAAUCCAAAGUUCUGGUUGAAGGGUGAGCCCGAUAACUGGCUGGGCCACGGUCUGCAGGGUGCAGAAGAUUGCGCUCAGCUGGUAGAAGACGGUUGGGCCGAUGUUCACUGCACUCUCCUCUUCUCGUAUGUCUGUGAGAAGAAAAUCUUGUGACCGGCUAUGAGACGCACUUUCUACUCAUCGUUCCUCCUCCUCCCCACCAUCUGCUCAUCGUUCCUCCUCCUCCCCACCAUCUGCUCAUCGUUCCUCCUCCCCCCACCAUCUGCUCAUCGUUCCUCCUCCCCCCACCAUCUGCUCAUCGUUCCUUCUCCCCCCCACCUUAUACUCAUCGUUCCUCCUCCCCCCCACCUUAUACUCAUCGUUCCUCCUCCUCCCCACCUUCUACUCAUCGUUCCUCCUCCCCACCAUCUGCUCAUCAUUCCUCCUCCCCCACCAUCUGCUCAUCGACCCACCCCCCAUACCGCUGUGAUGAAGAGAUACUAAUUGGAGAAAAUUGGUUCCGGAACUUGGUCUUCACCCAGAAGAAGAUCUGAGAAGGUCCACAUCCGGAACUCCAAUCUUCAUCUAAUUCCUCCUCACUGAAGACGGCCAAUCCAACCCAACGAGGAGUUCUCUUUCUGUUGUCCGGAAACAAUAUAUUUUCUUCCGAAUAUUGGCCUUGCUUGGCCUGAAUACCUGGCCGGCCCGGGGGCCACGUUCCUCAGGCUCGGGCCCCUCAAUCUCUUGGGUGGGAUAAUGUUUUCAGCCGUUCCCAUGUGUGUGGUCUCUGUAAAAUCUUCCGUAAAGUCCAAUAAAGUUCUUCAGUGAACAUGGUGGUGAUGAGAUGUUCCCGAAGCACCGCUUGUGAGGAACCCUCUGUCCUCAAACAGAUCCAGAUCCACCGUCAAUGCUUCCUCUGUUCAGAUCCAGCACCGUCCAAGAUCCUCCCCCCCCCCCCCCCCCCCCAGUCACCAGACAACACCUCCGUGUAGGCCGGUAAAACCACAAACUGGAUUAUUCAAGCACAUUAUCAGAUGUCUCACUUCCCUCCCACCCUUGGGAAACAGGGCGGGUUAAACUGUCCAAUGACAAUGGACACACAAACUUACUUUUACAUCAGUAAACAGUCUUAUCAGAGAACCCCACUAUGAUCUGUGCUAGUCAUUCACCCUGUACCCCUAUUAGAGGCACGGGGUGAUCUACACAUAAGAGGGACAAGGAGCCUACAGAACUCUCCAGGGCAAGCUGAGCCACGCAAACCCCCCAACCAAAGUGACCCCCGUCACACCACUGAUCAGACCCUUCACCAAAAACACGACGGACAGAGUCUGGUGUGAAGGAUCCCCACCUUCCCCAAGCUGAGCCGCACAAACCCCCCACCCAAAGUGACCCUCGUCACACCACUGAUCAGACCCUUCCCCAAAAACACGACGGACAGAGUCUGGUGUGAAGGAUCCCCACCUUCCCCAAGCUGAGCCACACAAACCCCCCACCCAAAGUCAAACCACUGAUCAGACCCUUCACCAAAAACACGACGGACAGAGUCUGGUGUGAAAGAUCCCCACCUUCCCCAAGCUAAGCAGCACAAACCCCCCACCCAAAGUGACCCCCGUCACACCACUGAUCAGACCCUUCACAAAAACAUGAUGGACAGAAUCUGGUGUGAAGGAUCCUCACCUUCCCCAAGCUGAGCCGCACAAACCCCCCCCCCCAAAGUGACCCCCGUCACACCACUGAUCAGACCCUUCACCAAAAACAUGACGGACAGAGUCUGGUGUAAAGGAUCCCUACCUUCCCCAAGCUGAGCCACACAAACCCCCCACCCAAAGUGACCCCCGUCACACCACUGAUCAGACCUUUCACCAAAAACACGCCGGACAGAGUCUGGUGUGAAGGAUCCCCACCUUCCCCAAGCCCCUUCACACCACAGCACUUUCUCCAUUGUCUACCCUCCUCUCCAUUCACAACUCAAUCCCACUUCCCUUUCCAGCCCUCACUCUAUUCCAUCUCCCCUUCUGCCCUAUGCAUUUUGUCCCCCUUCCCUAUCCCAUCCAUUCCUGCAAGUACACAGCCUCCCUUGUCCACCCCCUACCCAUCUUUUAAAGGUCAGGGGAGGGCCAGGAAACCCACAAGAGACAGCCCCAAUGGAGGCUUACUUUAGAGUCAGCUCAGUACACACACCAGAGACAGUUUAAUGGAGGCUUAUCUGGGAGGAAGACCGUGCACACAUCAGAGAUAGCCACAAUGGAAGGUUAUAUCAGAGGAGGCCCAGUAAACCCACCAGAGACAGUUCCAGUAGAGGCUUAUGUCAGAGGAAGGCCAAUAAACCCACCAGAGACAGUCCCAGUGGAGGCUUAUGUCAGAGGAGGGCCAGGAAACCCACCACAGACAGUGCUAGUGGAGGCCUAUGUCAGAGGAGGGCCAAGAAACCCACCAGAUACAGUACCAGUGGAGGCUGAUGCCAGAGGAGGACCAGGAAACCCACCAGAGACAUUUCCAGUAGAGGCUUAUGUCAGAGGAGGGCCAGAGAACUUACCACGAACAGUUCCAGUAGAGCCCUAUGUCAGAGGAGGGUCCGAGAACUCACCACGGACAGUUACAGUAGAGCCCUAUGUCAGAGGAGGGUCAGAGAACUUGCCACCAACAGUUCCAGAGAGGCCUAUGUCAGAAGAGGGUCAGAGAACUCACCACAGACAGUUACAGUAGAGCCCUAUGUCAGAGGAAGGUCAGAGAACUUGCCACCGACAGUUCCAGAGAGGCCUAUGUCAGAAGAGGGUCAGAGAACUCACCACAGACAGUUACAGUAGAGCCCUAUGUCAGAGGAGGGUCAGAGAACUUGCCACCGACAGUUCCAGAGAGGCCUAUGUCAGAAGAGGGUCAGAGAACCCACCAGAGACAGUCCCAGUGGAGGCCUAUGUCAGAGGAGGACCAGGAAACCCACCAGAGACAGUCCCAGUGGAGGCCUAUGUCAGAGGAGGACCAGGAAACCCACCAGAGACAGUCCCAGUGGAGGCCUAUGUCAAAGGAGGAAACCCACCAAAGACAGUUACAGUAGAGUCUUAUUUCAGAGGAGGCUCAAUACACACACCAGAGACAGUUCCAAUGGUGGUUUACUUCAGGGGAGGCACAUUGCACACACCAGAGUCAUUACCAAUGGAGGUUUAUUUCUGGGGAGGCCCAGAACACACACCAUAGACAGUCCCAAUAUCUCAGGAGAGGCCCAGUGGAAACAUCAGAAACGGUCCCAGUGGAGGCUUAUUUCCUAGGAGGCCCAGUAGACACAUGAGUCCCAAUGGAAGCUUAUCCUAGAGGAAAACAGUAGCAACUAAACCAGGUUGAUAUUUCAUCCUGGACGGUUGGCCCCUUUAUCCAAACCCUCAACCCAACCCUCCCAGUCUAACUAUCCAAUAUCCGCAGUCCAAAAAACUUUUGGGCCCAGAAGUUGGAAAAACCAGAACAAACCAACACCCUUUUAUAAAACUCACAAACUUUUUACAGCUAUAAUGAUUGCAGCAACUUCCCAGGGCUUAAAAGCCCUAUGGAGACGCGACGAACCCUCGUCCUCAACAGGACUAUGUCCGCCGUAAAGUCUUCCUCUGUCCAGAACCAGCACCGUCCAAGACCCCUAAGAUCACCCAAUCACCAGCCGUACUUCAGUGUUGGGUGAAAACCAGCAGAUUAACUUUAUUCAAGCACAUGUUACAACAGAUAUCCAAUUCCGAGACACUUCCCCCCACCCUUGGAUUCAGGGCGGGAUUAAACUGUCCAAUGACAAUAGACACACAGGUUAGGUGUAUUUAAACGUCUCAUCAGUAAAUAGUCUUAUCAGCAGGGGGGCUACUGGAGGAAUCCCCCCUCCCUCUUUCCUCACAGCAAACACACUUAGACACAAUAGACAAGAGAAUACAACCACACCCCAAACCAUCACAGCAAAAAGUUUACAACAGCAUGAGACAACACACAAUAUAGACAUAUAUACAACAUUGAGUGUGACUAGCACAGAUCAUAGUGGGGUUCUCAGUCCCCCUGUGCCCCUAUUGGAGACACAGGGGGAUCUACACAUAAGAGGGUCUGGGGUAGCUGGACACAAAGUUUCCAGAGCUCUCCAAGGUAAGCCGAUUUGCACAAACCCCCCCACCCAAAGUGACUCCUGUUACAGGAGAUAAGAGGCCCCCCCCCUAUAUGUACAGACUCUGAGCUAUUUCAAUAUAUACGGAAACCUACAGCAACCAAUCAGAAAUCAUUACUUAAUUAUUUGUUGUUCUCUGAGAGAAAUAUGGAAUCACAUAGAAUUACCGGUCAAUAAAAAUGAACACAACACCGAUUUGUAAAAAAUACUUUGUACUGCAGAAGAAUAAAGUGCAUCUUAUUCA